AUGGACAGUGCAGAACGGACCUUAAUAGAUCCAAGUUGGAAAUACCUCUCAACAUCUUCUCAGCAGAAAUCCAACAUAUCUCAAUAUUGUCCUAGACAGCCUUAUCUUUCCCUUACCUUGCCCCUGCCUGACUUGCCAGAUGCCGCUCUGUUCGUCCGUCGCCUUCAACUCACAACAAUCUCACAUGACCAAGGUUACAGCGAUAACCCAGAUAAAGAUGGAACAUAUGAGAGCUCGUUGACUCACUUUGACGUUCAGGUGAAGGAGCCAACUGGUCAAGAUCGGGUCAAGCGUCAAAAAUUUGCGCGAAAUAUCCGUGCUUGUUUAAAGCCAAAGAAACAUGUUGUUUAUUGGGUUCUUACCCCUGACCUGUCAUACUCUGUUCAAAAUCCUAAUCUGGGACCGGCCAACGACUGCGCCUGGCUGUCUGUUAUUCGAGGCGGCGAUACAAUACAAAUCGUCCCUAACGCUGAAUACCCAGGUUGGAUCAACUUUGUCCUUGAAGCAUGCAUUGAGGUUUGGAUUGAAGUAAUCAACAAUACCAAUUUGUUACGGUCCAUAACGUAUACGUCAAGUGUUCUCUCGAUGUAUCAUGUACUUGAUGGGUUAAGAAAAGAGAUUCGUCUAAUAAUCAUCGAGCCGUCAAUGGAUCCUGAGAGCGAUAUAUUACAGAUUUCCUUGGAGCAUACUUAUUUAACUGAUAAUGAACAUCUUACGUACGAGGCACUCUCGUACUGCUGGGGCAGUACUGGAGAUCACUGCUGCAUAUCGUUAAAAGGGCCGGACCAUUCCCUGCCAGCGAUAGAAAUUCCGAUAAGCAGGAAUCUUUUUCUUGCUCUGAAAACAUUGAGACAUGAGCGUACUGUACGGAGAUUUUGGGUCGAUCAGCUAUGCAUUAAUCAAUCGGACCUAGGAGAACGUGCUGAACAAGUUGCGCUGAUGGGCGACAUUUAUACGAAAGCGAAGCACGUACGCGUAUGGCUUGGGGAACUAGAUGAGGAUACUAGCCAAGACUUCGCCAUCUUUAAAGGUAUACUCGACGUUUACUCACAAGUAAAGGCAUCCCAAGGCGUACCAGCCGUUCCACCGACAAUCUCACACAAGGCCAUCUCUAGCAACAACGCUAUUAAUAUGCACAACGAUCGAGUCUUCCAUCGGCCAUGGUUUGAGCGUGUUUGGGUACUCCAGGAGGUUUGGAACACCCCCCAAAAUUGCUCUAUGAUGGAACUAUCGCAGCGUGUAACUGUGAUGUGUGGAAACGUUGAGAUACCGUGGGCGGUAGUUAUGCGAGCUAACCAAUGUCUGAGAUCGCGGAACCCCAGUAAUUACAACGCGUUGAUGCCGGCCAUCUGGACAACGCUAUUCAACCCUCCCCAGGUUUCCGAUUAUCUUACGGACUACAUUACCUUUGUCCCCCGGCCUCGAUUAGAUAUCUUAACAGUGUUGAUAAGUGCGCUGGAAAUGAGAGCAACAGACCCUCGUGAUAAGGUGUUUGCGCUUCUUGCAUUUGGGAAAGAAACAUACGAUGUCAGAGAUUUACCAGAACUGGUGAAACCAGACUAUAGUAAAAGUGUCCGACGCGUUUAUGCCGACUUUACACGCUGGUGGAUAGGGCACCAUCGUUCUUUGAGGAUACUCUCUGCAGUACAUACGCUUACUAGCCGUACAUGGCUUGACAUGUCGAAGUGCUAUACGUCUAACGCAGAUCGUGAGAGAAAGUCGGAUAUCCCUUCUUGGAGUUUCUGGUCCGACGGACGCAGCGAAUGGAGGCGAGCUACACUCGGUCUUGAAGAGCAUGUACCGUACAACGCUAGUAAGGGAUUUGAAGUUGAUAUCAAUCUUCUCGAAUCUACUAUAAGCUCAGAACCAUAUACAUUGGCUCUAAGAGGAAUCCGAAUAGGAGAAAUAUGCUCUACCGCACACUAUCCUUUCCACCGUAGACCCUUAGUCUCGGAGGCCAUGCAUCAAGUCUACGCCAAAAUCUUCGACCCGGCUGGUACGGUCGGUACCUGGCGACACGCAAAGAACGCCACGUAUCUUCCAGUGCUCGAUCAAGGACAGCUACCUUAUCACUACUUUGCCCACUGGCGUGACGUAUCUAGAGACUCACUCGACUCCAGUGCGGGACAAACCGAUCCUAACGCCCCGAAUUAUCUCCCAUGCCACGGAAAGUGUAUGUUCUCUACUCAAGAAAAUGAAGGCCUUUGCCCAAACGGGACUCAAGUUGGCGACAUAGUUGUCAUACUAUUCGGUUCGAAUGUCCCCCAUAUAUUACGGCCCGGUGCUUCACCAGGCGAAUAUUUCCUCAUUGGAGAGUGUUACAUCGACGCAGUUAUGCAUGGUGAAGUAUUUGACAAGGAAGCUGUCCCGAAAGAAGAAGUAUUCUUGCUAGUCUGA